AUGAUUACCUCAGAGAGACCAAAUGCAGUCGCUGGUGAUCAAGCAAAGAAGACAUUAAAGCAGCUGAAACCCUCGAAGAGCACAGGCACCAAGAUCUCUUGUAAAGCAGGGAAACUGUGCUGCAAACACUGUGGGCAGAGCUUUACUAACGUGGUGCAUCUUAGAGUACAUGAAGCAGUGCACAAGACAGAUCUACCCUUUUCCUGUACGUGCUGUGGAAAAGGCUUCAUGCAGAAGGGCAGUUUGAAAAAGCAUCAGCUCAUUCACACUGCAGACCAAUUGCAGUCUUGCAGUGUGUAUAGCAAAACCUUUACAGAAAAUGCAUGUCUUAAAAAGCAUCUGAAAUCUCGUUGUAAUCAAAAAAGGAUAAGCUGUAGUUUGUGCUCUAAAUCCUUCAGCAGCUUGUACACCCUGAAGAAACACCAGGUGGUUCAUACGGGGGAGAAGGCAUACUGCUGCAGCACCUGUGGCAAGGCCUUCAACUUGGCGGGAAACCUGUCGCGUCACCUCCGCAUACAUACUGGCGAGAAGCCAUUCUGCUGCAACACCUGUGGAAAGAGCUUCAACCAGUUGGACACCCUGAAGACCCAUCAGCGUAUACACACAGGAGAGCGACCAUAUAGCUGUAAGACAUGUGGGAAAAAGUUUGUCCAGAGGAGUGGGCUCAAAAGUCAUAUGCACAUUCAUUUGGGUAUUGAUGAGAGCUGUAUAGAGUCCUUAAAAGGGAGUAUGCCCUGUGAGUGCUCCAUCUGCGGACAACAACUGAGCUCUGUUAGGGCACUGUGGACACAUCAGCAGCUUCAUCACAGUGACGAGCUGCACAACUGUGAUGUCUGUGGAAAGAAUUUCACAUCACCCCGCAAACUGAAGACCCACAAGAGGAUCCACACAGGAGAGAAGCCUUUCAGCUGUGAGAAAUGUAGAAAGACAUUCACUCAACAAAGCAGUCUGAAAACACACCAGAGCGUUCACACUGGGGAAAAACCUUUCAACUGUGAUGUGUGUGGCAAGAACUUUGGUACUAUGGGCAACCUUAACCGACACAAGCGUAUUCACACAGGAGAGAAGCCCUUCAGCUGCAGUAUAUGUGGGAAGAGUUUUAAUCAGGCAAACAGCCUGAAGGCUCACCUCCAGGUGCAUACAAUGGAGAAACCAUAUAUGUGUGAUAGAUGUGGAAAGAACUUUUCAUACCUGAGGAAUCUUAAAGAACACAAAUGUAUCUAUGAAUGA